AUGGCGCGACGCGGCGUAUCGGGUGACCUCGCACGGAGGCUGGCAACCCGACACUGGUUUGAGCGCAUCUUUUUUCUCAAACGGCGUGAGCCGAACUUACACCGCCAGUUCCUUAAUCUAAUCCCGUGGAAAAGGAGUAAUUACGAUUGCUCGAACAAUCGAGGAUCGACGUACGUCAUAGCUCGUCAGCACCUGCCCGAUCGAGUGGAUCAAAAGCCCGCAAACUACUUGCAUGUGGCUGUCUCUGGACGCGACCCUCGCCGGGCGUGGGGUGUAGCGGUGGGCGUGCCCCAUCCCCACCCACCCCACCCUCAACCUCACCCUCCCCUCGCCCCGAGACGCGACGGAAGCGUGUCGGGUUGCCACUUCCUCCUCGUGGCCGCCAUUUGUUGCUUCGUUGUCAAUGCAUGCCGC